AUGACGGAGGUGGAUGAUGAUCUCAGAGUCUCUAUGGAGUACUCUCGCUCGCAAGGCACCCGGAUUCUGCAGAUCCACUACGAUCGCGGGUUGACCUGGGGGAAGCUCCGACGCCAGUAUUGUGGGCCUAGGGUGGAGCUGUGGUUUGAGUACGGUAUGGAGCGGUAUUAUGAAGACUUAUGA